UAGGAUGCCGGGACUUAUAGAGAGCCAGCCAGGGGGCAAAGGGCGAGUUUGUGGGGGCUGCAGGACCCCCCGAACCCUCUCAGGGUUCCGCCUCUCGUGAUAGGAAGCGUCUGUUAAAUAGUCCCGGCCAUUCAGCGCUUCCGCCUAACUUGUCGCAAAGUUUUUCUAGAGAAGUCGGUCCUUUUUCUAGGCGCUCUUAGGCUGCCAGAGCUAACCUUCAGUCCUUUAGCCUGGGCUUGCUUUACGUCGAGGCUUUUUGAACUCCGCACUCUUCCACAGUCCAGGAACUGGAGCGGGAGCGCGGCACAGUGUGCUUCCGCGAGCCCGAGGGGCAGCCGAGCCCCGGAGGAAGGGGCGGAUCGGGCGCGGUGUUUGGGACGGAGCGGGGCGCGCGGCGCUCGAAGCACCCACUCGGCGCGUACCGGGGCUGGUGGAGACUGCUUGGGUACCCCUCAGACCGCACCCCUCGAGCUGUAGGUUCGCAGGUCCACGGCACCCCGACUCGACGGCGUCCCCAUUGUGGGUUCAGUCUGUGGUCUUUGGAGGUCUUUUUUUUUGUUGUUGCAGAUAUGCUCAAGUCUCUGGCGCGCGCGCCCUCCUCCAGAGUUGGCCAAGGGCGCUCUUCCUUGCAGACCCCAACCACACCCAGUGGCAGAUGGAUUUCUUUGUAACUGGCUUUCUUACUUGUAGGGUCCAUUUUGAGUCUGUUCUUAACAUGAUGUCCUUAUUGUCAAGUAGUAGACAGUCUCUUCCUAGAUGGCUAUGGUAAUUGAAAAUAUAUAGGAUGAAUGUAUGUAAGGUAAAAUGUUAUAGCUCUUAAGUAGACCAAUGAAACAAAUACGGUAGCUUUAACGUUCUGAAUGCAAAAGUCCAGGUUCAGUUUUCUUUUUAGGUUUAAAUUUGGGGGCGUUUAGUGUUUGUGAACAAUUUUAGCGAAAACAUUCGUUGGGUAUGUUUGGAUAUCAAAACUUAAAAAAACACUAGAAAAGUAAAAUAAGUCAAUGUUUAAAGAAUACAUAAUAGUGUUGAACUCUGAGCGGUUGUCACGAUGAUGAAACAUACCACCAAACUGUACAUUAGGGUGGGAAUUUCGUUAACUUUGAACGUCUGUGUGUUAGGCCUAGUUUACUGAAAUGGUUGAAUUGUUUUUCAUGCAGGAAGGGAUCUGAUUUGAGUGUACUGUAAAGUUAUUGUACUCAAGUUGAACAGAUAGAAAUCACUUAAAUGGAUUCUGUGAAAUACCCUAACAUUUUUCAGAGUUUAACUGCAAGUCAAUAGAAAUGGGUUCAUUAUCUUUCAGCAAAACUGAAUUUUCCUGAAAUUCAUUAAGACAUUGCAUUGUAUUAACUUUUUUUAGGGUGUUCGCAUUUCAUGAGGACGGUAAGCAUAGUAGACCAUGUUGAUUUUUGUUAAAAUUCUCAUAAAUGAGAUGAAUCCUAGAUCUAGAAAAUUAACAAAAGGGUGGGGAGGGAGAAAAAUGUAGGUAUCUAACACCUGUUCUGCACAUCCAAAUUUUUCCUUGUUGUUGCCACGAAAAGUAAGUAUAAGUAUCAAUUCAAAACGUUUUAUGUCUGUUAUUUGGGAAGGAUAAAAGGACAGCAAUCACAGUGAAUAUCUACUUUGCACAUUGAUAAUGUAUGAGCUUUUAAAUGCUUGCGAUUUUUAUCAUCACACUUCAGAUCUUCUCCUAUCCUGCCUGGUAAUAGUGUAGUCUGUUGUGAUCCCAAAGUUUUUAUAUCUUGAAACAUUCCAGAGGGGAUAUAUUUUAGCAUAACUCUACAGUUUGACUUUAAAAUAUACUUUAAACAUGCUCUUUUAAUAUACUUUUAUUGUUUACUUUCCUGUUUAUUUUUGAUAAAGCAUUGUGUACUGUAGAUCACCUAAUACAGCUUUUUUUUUUUUUUUUUUUAAAGAUAAAAGACUUGGACCUUGCCCAGUUUCCUUCAGUUACUCUACUAAAAGUUUUUUGGCAAAGCACUAUAAGCAAAAGAAAAGAGUUAAAGUUGAAAGUAUUCUUAAUUAUCUUAUAUCAGAUGCGUAGGCUAUGAGUAUUUCGGUUCUAUAUGGGGUAUUGGCUUCACAUGGUGAGCAAUUUUCAUGGAACCGUGGAUAUCAGAAGUGAGUAUUAAGAGGUAGCAUUAUCAUGGUAGGAUAUCUAGGUUGGAAUCAGAUCCAGAUUCUAGUUCUAGCUUUGUGAAUUUAGACAAGACUCAUUUUCCUUAUCAUGUAAUAAAUGAAGAUAUUGAAUUAGAUUGAUUCUAAGCUUCCUUCUAAGCUUUGAGUUUUGUGACUUGUAAAUUUAUGACAUGUUAUCACUGGGUGUCAAUGAUAGGUUAUUUGUCUUAAGUGCAGAGAGAUUUUUUUCUUCUAAAUUUAUACACAUACGUUGACUAUGAAGCAUAACUGAAUCAAAAGUUUAAAAACAUUUUACUGACAGUUUUUGCAGUCAAAGUUUUAAAAUUUUGGUCUUCAUUUCCAGAUAUCAUCUCUUCUUUUGAUCACUGCUCCUGAUUGUGGCUUUGUCCAAGCAUUAAAUUGUGUGCCUUUUGUUCCUUGAAGAAAGAGCUGGUGCUAGCAACCCCCAACUGUGUCUGGUCUCUGGACCCAGCUCAAAGCCCUGGAUUCAUUCUCUUCCCAUACCUCAGCCUGAGCCUUCUGUCACCCCAAAGGGCUUCACACAAGCUUCCUCUCAAGCCCUCACUUCUCUCACAAGAUUCUGGUAUGGUGAAAACUCCAUAGAUGACCAUGAUGCUUGUCACUCACUGUUGAGAAUGUGAUACUCUGUAGAGAAUCUUCUCAGUUGGUGUGAAGUAUCCACCAGAUGAAGAAACUAAAACACAGAGAUUGAGACUUGUCUAGAGUAACACAAACCAAUGAGGAAACUGAGGUGCAGAGAAGUCAAACCUUACCCAGUGUUACAGAGCAGAGCUGGAAGUAAAGCUUGUAUUUCCUGAGAUCCAGAUUAGUGUCAUUUCUACUUCAGACUAUUACUUCUUGGUGAGUUAAUGUGGGAAAAAUCCUGGUAUUUUGAAGAUGUCUCGGCACAGUAUUGUUUCCUGUUCAAAUUACAAGUAACUUCAAGAGUUUGCAGGAAAAAAAGAAAUUGGGAUUUUUUUGGUUAAAUCAUGCCAUCUGAACAGAAACAUUUAUUUUUUGAUGAAAAACAGAAUACUUUAAAAAGAGAUUAUGAUGUGAAAAAUGAGAGAGUUGAUACUAUCAGAUCAGUACUUAAACCAAAAAUUUCAGAAAGUAGUUUUCAUUAUGAACUAAAAAAUGUGAAAAUUGUUUUGCCGAAGAUAAAUAUUCCAAAUGAGGUCCUAUUGAAACAUGAAGUUGACAAAUACAGAAAAUUAUUUCAGCAUAAACCACAGACUGCAAGAAAAUCUAUCGGUAUAAAGACUGUAAGCUGUGUAGAGGAGUGUAUGUUACUCCAUAAGUCUGAGAGAGUUGAAGAAGAAGGUAUAAAAAUGUCUGCAAAAAUACUCAACUUCAACUGUUUGAAGUGCCGAGAUAGUACUCGGUAUAGCCCAAAUGAUUUGCAGAAACACUUCCAAAUGUGGCACCGUGGUGAAUUACCUUCAUAUCCUUGUGAAAUGUGCAGUUUUUCAGCAAACGACUUCCAGGUAUUCAAACAACAUAGACGAACCCAUAGAAUUACUUUAGUAAAAUGUGACAUUUGUAACAAUGAGAAUUUAUAUACUUUAUUAGACUUGACAAAGCAUUUUUCAUCCACACAUUGUGUAAAUGGUAAUUUUCAAUGUGAAAAGUGUGAAUUCUCCACCCAGGAUGUUGGCACAUUUGUUCAGCACAUACAUAGACAUAACGAAAUCCUUUAUAGAUGUGGUAAAUGCCAUUAUAUAUGUUUAACCAAAGGAGAGCUUCAGAAGCACCUUCAUAUUCAUUCUGGUACGUUUCCCUUCACUUGUCAAUAUUGUAGCUAUGGUGCUACCAGGAGAGAGCACCUUGUAAGACACGUUAUAACUUUGCACAAAGAACAUUUAUAUGCGAAAGAAAAACUGGAAAAAGACAAAUAUGAAAAAAGGAUGGCAAAGACUUCAGCAGGACUUAAACUAAUAUUGAAAAGAUAUAAAAUAGGUGCAUCAAGGAAGACAUUCUGGAAACGUAAGAAAAUCAACAAUGGAAGUGACAGAAGUAUAGAAAGAAACACUCAAGUGCUUAAAAAAGUGAACAAAACACAGGCUAAAUCUGAAGACCAGAGCCAUCUUGUUCAGGAACAUAUAAAUGAAGAAAAGGAUGAAAGACUAUACUGUGAGAAUAAUGAUAAACCUGCUGAGUCAGAGUCAGAAAAGCCAACUCUUCUGUCCACUGGGCAAUGUAAUGGAGCUGAAGAGGGAUCAAAUUCUACUUCAGGUUUCUUGAAGACUGCUGUACAAGGACCUACAGUGUUAAUGGUAAAAAAUAAUAGAAUAACAAUUCCUGCUAACUACAGUGCUAAGUUUAUGGGCUUUAAGAUGGUGGAUGGAAAACAACAUAUUGUAAUAAAACUGUUGCCUACCAAUAAACAGAAUUUAUAUUCACCAGGCUCACAGUCAGGUGCUGUAAGGGACAAUACUGCAAUUUUGCAGCCCCAGACUUUGGACACUACUGCAUUUUUAACAGGAGUAACAACUGAGUUAAAUGACACAGUUUACAUGAAAGCAGCUACUCCAUUUUCAUCUUCAUCUCCUAUACUUUCAGGGAAGGUAACUUCAGAAAAAGAAAUGGCUUUGCUAUCUCAAACAAGUAAUAUGCUUCCAACAAUGGAUGAUGGAAAAAGUGUUUCUCCUUUGCCAGUAACAUCAGAAUUGAUCACAGCAUCAGUGAAUUUGACCACAAAAGUAGAAAUGAGAGAGAAUGUUGACUUAUGGGGAAGUCAUAUUACUCAGUGUCACCCUGAGGUAUCAGGUACUGCCAUUAAAAGUCAAGAUAAAGUCACCUGUACUACCAAACCAAAUUCAUACAACAGUGGAGAUAUGCAUAACUAUUGCAUUAAUUAUGUCAACUCUGAGUUACCUGUUGAAUCUUCCAACCAAGGAUCAUUACCUUUUCAUAAUUACUCAAAAGUGAAUAAUUCUAAUAAACGUCAUAGGUUUUCAGGGACAGCAGUGUGUGAAAACCCUCAAAGAGAAUCUUCAUCAAGCAAGACAGUAGUUCAACAACCAAUAAGUGAGUCAGUUUUAUCACUAGUGAGGAAGGAGAGCUCAAACCCAGAUAGCCUGUUAGCAUCUAUUAGUCGUUUAAAUACUAAAGAUGGAACUUUAAAAACACAAGCUGAAAUUGAAGAACAGUGUGUUUUAGAAAAAGGACAAAACAUUGAUGGGCAGAACCUAUACACUAAUGAAAAUCAGAAUUUAGAGAGCAUGACUGAAAAGCCUAAAUGGGAUGACGUUUCUAGUGUUGAAUCACCUAUGAUGCCUAGAAUUACAUCUGUUUUCUCUCUCCAGAGCCAACAGGCGUCAGAACUUUUGCCACCUGAAAUAAACCAGUUACUUCAAGAUGUAUUAAAAGCAAAACCUGAUGUAAAACAAGACUCUAGUAACACUCCAGAUAAAGACCUGCCGCUUCAUUGUGACCAGUCAUUUCAGAAACAUGAGGGAGAAGACAAAAUAGUUGAAUCUUCAAAAGACUUGAAAGUACAAGGCUUCUUUCCAGUUCCAUCUGGUAAUAUGGGGAUUAAUGUGGCUACAAAUUAUCUGAAUUUAAAAUUCAGUGGAAAAGAAAAACAAAUGUUGUCAAUGUCACAAGAUGUGAGAGAUUCAGAGAAGACUCCUAGAAUUUCUGGUUUUGGCACAUUACUUAAGACUCAGUCAGAUGCAAUAAUUACACAGCAGCUUGUAAAAGACAAACUACGAGCCACUACGCAAAAUGUAGGUUCUUUGUAUGUGCAGAGUCCACUUGUAAAUUCAGAACCAAAAAAGGCUAUCUUUGUUCAGACUCCAAAAGGCUUUUUUGUACCAUUGCACGUUGCUAACAAGCCUGCAUUACAUGUUUCAGGAAGACCACUUCCAUUGGUUAAUACACAAGGUGUCCCUGCCUCUCUCCUUUUAAACAAGAAACCUGGGAUGAUUUUAACAUUUAAUAAUGGGAAACUUGAAGGUGUUUCUGCUGUCAAAACUGAGAAUGCUCAAGCUUGUGGAACUACAAGUAAGGAGCCUUGCAGAACACCUUUUUUAAAAGUAGAACCAAACAGUAAUUGUCUAACCCCUGCACUUUGUUCCAGCAUUGGCAGCUGUUUGAGCAUGAAAAGUAGCUCAGAAAAUACUUUGUCAUUAAAAGGCCCUUACAUUAUUAAAACGCCAGCAAGUUCUUCAGUGAAAGGUGUUCCUGCUCCUAAUAUAAUAUCUGAGCAUCAGGGCACUAAGUUGAAUAUCUCAGAUUCAGUAAAACAGCAGAACAAGAUUUUUCCAAAACCACCUCUUUACACCCUUUUGCCUGAUGGCAAACAAGCUGUUUUUUUAAAGUGUGUGAUGCCAAAUAAGACUGAGCUGCUUAAGUCUAAAUUAGUCCAGAAUAGUACUUAUUAUAAAAAUAUACAGCCAAAGAAACCUGAAGGAACACCACAAAAAAUAUUGCUGAAAAUUUUUAACCCUGUUUUAAAUGUGACUGCUGCUAAUAAUCUGUCAGUAAGCAACUCUGCAUCCUCAUUGCAGAAAGACAAUGUACCAUCUAAUCAGACUAUAGGAGGAGAGCAGAAAGAGCCAGAAUCUUCUAGAGAUGCCUUACCCUUAUUACUAGAUGAUAUGAUGCCAGCAAAUGAAAUUGUGAUAACUUCUACUGCAACAUGCCCAGAAUCUUCUGAGGAACCAAUAGGUAUCACUGACCAUUCAGAGGCCAGGGUAUUACGGUGUAAAACAAAUUGUACAAUUGAGAGAAGCUUCAGUAAGAAAAAGACUUCGAAAAAGAAAUGUUCAAGAAUAAAAACUCAUGAAAGAAGUAAAGAUUCUGAAACUUCCUUCGUAUCUAGAAACAGAAACUGUAAACGCAAGUGUAGGGAUAGUUACCAAGAACCUCCAAGAAAAAAAGCAUUACACAGAAAGUGUAAAGAAAAAGGAAAGCCUGAAGAUGUCCAUGAAUCAUUCGGAUUCAGCAGACCUAGGCUUUCAAAAGAUUCAGUCAGAACUUUGCGGCUUUUCCCCUUCAGUUCCAAACAGCUUGUGAAAUGUCCUAGGAGAAACCAACCAGUUGUAGUUUUGAAUCAUCCUGAUGCAGAUGCCCCAGAAGUAGUAAAUGUAAUGAAAACUAUUGCUAAAUUUAAUGGACGUGUACUUAAGGUUUCAUUGUCAAAAAGAACUAUCAGUGCUUUACUGAAACCAGUUUGUUAUAAUCCUUCUAAAACAACUUACGAUGAUUUUCCCAAGAGGCACAAAACAUUUAAACCUGUUAGUUCUGUGAAAGAAAGAUUUGUGCUAAAAUUAACUCUCAAAAAGACAAGCAAAAACAAUUACCAGAUUGUGAAAACUACCUCUGAAAAUGUUCUGAAGGCUAAAUUUAACUGUUGGUUUUGUGGUAGAGUAUUUGACAAUCAGGAUGCUUGGGCUGGUCAUGGUCAGAGACAUUUAAUGGAAGCUACUCGUGAUUGGAACAUGUUAGAAUAAUUUACUGUAAUUACCAAGGAAAAGAAAAGUAAAAGUACCUUAGAAGAAAAUAGUGGGUUGAAUUACUAAUGCAGACAUUUUUUACUUCAAUAUAGUACCUGAAGUUAAACAUUUAAAAGUUGACUUUCCAUGGAAGAGCAAAAGUUUUAGUGUGAUAUUUGAAAAUGCUGUCAGUGCACAUGUAAGUUUUGAAAGAAACUAAUCAGCACAGAUAUACCUUGAUUUAAUUUUUUAAAAUGUGUUCUCGGGAAGUUAGGGCUAAAAAUUUUGAUAAAACAGUUUUCCGAGUUUAGUGACUCUUAGUAGAGAGUAACAGGUGACAGCCCCAUUCCCUCUCUUCUUCCACCAGCCUUAUGAUUCUGAUAACUGUAGCUCCCCUGAAGAGGUUGAGAGCUCUUUCAUUAUGGAACUGAAGGAGUUUCUCAUCAUUUGUGAAGAUAUUCUAAGAGAACUUGGGUAAAGAACUUACUCUACAUCUGCAAAAUGUAGUUCUUUAGAAAGUAGUUAAGCUCCUUUGAGGGCAUUUAACUCACUACAGUUACACCUCAUAUGAUAGUUGAUAAGAGUUUUUGACAAGCAGAUCUUUUUUCCUUGUAAGCUGUGUUACAUGUCAUUGAUUGGAACACCCUUCCAAGGUGAUUUUCUUUUUCUAAAUGGCUCUCAAGCGUUGCAGUAGAUGGGCAAUCUCGAGAGAAGAAUUAAACUCUGUCUAGUUUGAAGUUCAUUUAAAGAACUUGAACAUUUUUCUGAAUUUGGUUAUAUUCCCCAGUGGUUCCCUUGCACAGAACUAUGUUUAUUUGAUUUAAAUUGUUUGUCCCCUCGUAAACCAAGUGGCCAAUUUUUUUCUUGGUUGCCAUCCCUUUAAAAAGAGUGAAACAUAGAAGCACUUCCAAGGGAAUGGCUUUUCUUGAAAAUUAAAAAUUAUUCCUCAGAAACAAUAUUUUGAAGUAAGAUUAGCAAAGCAAAUCAUACUUUUGUGUUUAUUAUUAGUGUCUGAACAUGUCCACACUGGGACAAACCAUUUUUGUUAGCAACUUCUCAGUAUGACUGACAACCCAAAGCAGAUUACUGAUUGUUUGCAGUUGGAAAUUGAAGAAGCAUUAAUAGUGGACUCAGUGACAGUGCAUAACACUUCAGGACAGAUUCCGAAGGGAUAUACCCAACAGGUAGAGUUUUAAAAUGAAUAUUUUCAUGACAACAGAAUCAUCAAUUUAAACUUCCCACUUUGUAAGUUUGAAUCAAAUUUUGUUGGACCAUUGGACAAUGGAGUUCUUGUAUUAAAAAAUUACUAUAUAAUUUUUGUUACAUUGUUACUACUAGUGUUAUGACAUUUUCAUUGAUUGAAAACUUCAGGGCUCCUUUUCUGUAUAUAACAAAGAAUUUAAAACCUGUACAUAUUUUUGUACCUUUCAGUUAUGUAAAUUUUGCACAGAAAGUUUUUGACAUAAAAAGUUUAUUUUCUUUCAAUUUAGUUCUGUGCAUGCACUAAUAAAACUUGUCGUUUAAUUUAAAAGGAAUAUGUAAGACUUUACCCAUGUUAUUUUUUUGGUUUCCAUUUCAGAUGUACAAUUUCUUUUUUUUGAUAAAUUCAGUUUUCAGGGAUUGAACACUAUUGUUAGCAAGUGCCUAAAAGAUGUGAAACAGUUUACAUACGUCAACUGUAACAUUAGGUCCCAGAUGGGCCCACUCCCCCAAUAAUUUUAUUUUAAAGAAAGCCAUACAUAGAUGCUUCAAGCUAUCUUGCUAUGCACAUUAUACAUGUACUGUUUUUGUGCAGUUUGUCUACUUUCUUAGAAGUGAAGUAUUUUUUGUAUAAAACCUGUUACAAUUGUGUUUCUUAAAUUGAGCCUAAGAACGGAAUUGAUUGGAAAUAUACGGUAUAUAUUAAUAAUGUAUAUGGUGUUUAAAGAAUGGUAAGCAUUGUUAAAAUCUGUAACGAAUGUCUUCUUCAAUUAAAUUUAUCUUAAGUUUGUGUUUA